CAACGAGAACGACUAUGCUGCUUUGCAAUUUUAUCAAGUUCCGCAAUCAACUCCGAGAAAAGAUAUUAUUGUGCCAAUUAAAACCAUCGCGACCAGUUAAAUUCAACUCCUUGCGGUGUGGAGCAAGUGAUGUAAGCGUUCUUCGAGUCUAAAAAUGCCGCUUAUUUCGAAAAUAGAAGUUUUUCUUCCUGCGAGGAGAAAGUCGACGUAGUUCAGAGAUUCGAACGGGUGAAAAUGGCGAAGAAAGACUGCGAUUCUUGUUGCCGGAAUGAAAGUGGAAAAUAAUGUAAAAAUGCCGCCGUUAACCAGGCGUAAAUCAAACUCAAUACGUGACUCUUGAACUGGUUGAUUUGGACGUGUGUUUCGUAAUCAGAAGAAAAUUGUUUAUUUGGUGACUCCGUUUGAAGCAACACCGUGUGAAUCUAGGAAAGGAUUUGCGCGCGGCAAGGAGUGGGUCGGGGUGGGACGGUGCUUGUGUAAUUAGGCGGAUGUUACAUACAUAUAAGAUGAGAGUUCCAGCCAUAGGAAAUCUGCUUACCAGAUGUAUCCUUAUCUUACUCCUACUGCUGUUCAGUGAUUGUACAAAUUUAAACGAUAGCUUUAGCAAUGUUAGUAGCAACAACAGCAGCAAUGUUGGCCUAGGAUCGAAUCAAAAUGUUAGCGUAAGCAAGUUAAGUAACAUAACUACGACCGCUGGUCAUAAUGCUAGCGGGAAUUGCUGUGAUAAUAAUGGAACCCACAUAAAAAAUGGUAGUGAUAGCAAUGGCGAUCCGGGCCAUAAGCGAACCAGUGCGCAUCGGAUUGUGGUGGAAUUCGUGACAAAUGUUGUCCAGAACGAGUAUAUCGUCCAGUUCGAUGGAUACUAUAAGCAGGCGGCCAGAGAAAAGUACAUCCAAACGGCGCUUAAUGGAUCCAAGGUGAAAAAUUGGCGCAUCUUGCCGCGAUCGAAUCCGGUGAGUGACUUCCCGAGUGACUUCGAUGUCCUCACCCUGGAGGAGGAUGCUGAAUCGCAAACCGAUGGUAUAGAUUUGCUAAGGUCGCACCCCUCGAUCAAGUCAAUUUCGCCACAACGGAUGGUUCACCGAACAUUGAAGUAUGUUCCGAUUGAAGUGACUAGCAGUGAUCGGGAGAAGAAUGACGAAUUCGUCGUCGAAGAUGAUGAUGAAAUGGAAAAUGCUUUGGAAGAAGACGAGGAUGAGGAACUAGUGGAGUUUAUCGAAAAGUUCAAAAAUUUCAAAAGGAAACUAUCAACUGACGUGAACGAAUUGAACGAUAGUAGAGCGGAGUCACACCAGCAGAUCGUUCCGCCAGUUGGUUCCGUCAAUAGGCACACGAAUCGUCGCUUGCUCAGGGCCAUACCGAGGCAGAUAACUUCGCUGCUAAAAGGGGACGUUCUGUGGGGAAUGGGAAUCACUGGAAAAGGCGUAAAGGUAGCAGUUUUUGAUACCGGCCUGUCGAAGAACCAUCCGCAUUUUAAAUCGGUGAAGGAGAGGACUAAUUGGACCAACGAGAAAACUCUUGAUGACGGAGUCAGUCAUGGCACAUUUGUUGCUGGUAUUAUUGCUUCGUCAAAAGAAUGCCUUGGUUUCGCUCCAGAUUCAGAGUUGCACAUUUUCCGAGUGUUUACCAAUAAUCAGGUUUCCUAUACGUCGUGGUUCUUGGAUGCAUUUAAUUAUGCGAUUUUGAAGAAGAUCAACGUGCUCAAUCUUAGCAUUGGAGGGCCGGAUUUCUUGGACCAGCCAUUUGUGGAUAAAGUGUUAGAAUUGUCUGCUAACAAAGUGAUUAUGGUAUCAGCAAUUGGAAAUGAUGGUCCACUUUAUGGAACGUUGAACAACCCUGGCGAUCAGAUGGACGUGAUCGGUGUUGGUGGAAUGGAUUACAAUGAUAAUAUUGCAAAGUUUAGUUCGCGUGGGAUGACAACUUGGGAACUUCCUAAUGGCUAUGGUCGCUUGAAGCCAGAUAUUGUAACCUAUGGAAGUCAGGUAAAAGGGAGUAAUCUUAAUGGAGGAUGUAAAUCGCUUUCGGGAACUUCUGUAGCCUCGCCAGUUGUGGCCGGAGCUGUUACCCUGCUGGCAAGUGGGGUUAUCAACCGAUUUGAUAUUGUAAAUCCCGCCUCGAUGAAGCAGGCAUUAAUCGAAGGUGCUCAACGACUUACGGAGAACAAUAUGUUUGAGCAGGGUCAUGGUAAAUUGAACAUCCUCAAGAGCAUGAAGAUUCUUUCGACGUAUAAACCGAAAGUCACACUGUCUCCUGCUUAUCUGGAUUUUACUGAAGAUUACAUGUGGCCUUAUACGACGCAAAGUUUGUUCUACACUAGCGCACCGGUUAUAGCGAAUGUUACGAUUCUCAAUGGGAUGGGAGUUAUCGGUAAAGUAAUCAACAAUCCAACAUGGCAUCCUUACACCAAUGAAAACGGACAGAUGUUGAACAUUUCAAUAUCACAUUCGGAACAGCUUUGGCCUUGGUCUGGCUGGAUGGCGAUUCACAUCGGUGUUAACGAGUUGGGUCGUAGCUUCGAAGGACUGGCCCAAGGUCAUAUCACGUUGACCGUUCAAAGUCCCGCUGGUCCAGGGGAGAAUGAACCUCGGAACGGAACGGUCAGUUUUCCGAUCAAAGUGAAAAUCAUUCCGCAACCACCGAGGCACAAACGGAUCCUGUGGGACCAGUAUCACAGUUUACGAUAUCCGCCGGGGUAUUUACCAAGGGACAAUCUUAAAAUCAAAUCUGAUCCUCUCGACUGGCGAGCCGAUCACAUCCACACGAACUUCAAAGAUAUGUAUACUCAUCUAAGAAAUGCUGGCUAUUACGUGGAAGUUCUCGGAGGUCCUUACACCUGCUUCAAUGCCAGUUACUAUGGAACUCUGCUGCUAGUCGAUCCAGAAGAGGAAUAUUUCCACGAAGAGAUCAUUAAGCUGAAGAAUGAUAUUUUGGAACGAGAUUUAAGCGUGAUUGUGUUUGCUGACUGGUACAACACAACCGUUAUGAGAAAGAUCAAAUUCUACGACGAGAACACCCGGCAGUGGUGGAUGCCUGACACGGGAGGGGCAAAUAUUCCCGCCUUGAACGAAUUGCUUCGAGAUUUCGACAUUGUAUUGGGAGACAAAGUAUCUGAAGGAUAUUUUGAUAUGCGAGAUCACCGCAUGUAUUAUGCUUCAGGAAGUAACAUCCUUAAAUUUCCAACCGGAAACAAUACAAUUUUGAUCGAAAGAGACUUGUUCGAUCAAGGUCUGGACAUCCUUUCGCCGGAUGAAAAAAGACAGAAAACUAGAGCCAAAACGGCUGUGCUUGGACUGCUACAAACUGACCAUAGUUAUUCUAAAGUUCAACCUGCCACACCGAAUCCAGACCCGAUUAAUAGCUUUCAUUUAGAAAUGGAUGCUGAUCGUAGCGAAGAACGCCAAAUCGAUCGGGAUUCAAUUAUCAAUAAACGAAUUCUACUUAACGCUAAAUCAUUCGCAGACGACGAUGAUGUACCUAACGAAGGAGGGGAACAACGUCAAGACAUAGAAUCGAACGCGAUUGGAAAUCCGGAUUUCGAUGCUUUGAAAAAUCAAGAAGACGAAGAACAAGACGACAUCAAGAAAAUUCAGCACCCCGAAGAGAUCAGUCAGUUGCUACUGGAAAAGAAGCAUAACUUUACUGGUGAAAAAAUAAUAAUGGUAGAAGUGCCUCAAACGCUACUCAAGCUACAGCCAGAACAGACAAAGUUGGCCAAGACCAACGACAGCGCGGCAAGUGGGAAGGACAGUAGGAAAGUGGGCGGUCGAAUUGCCGUGUACGGUGAUUCGAACUGUCUCGAUUCAACGCAUCUGGAUAAGCCGUGCUUUUGGUUGUUAGAUUCACUGCUGGAGUACACGAUGACGUCGCAUGUCAGCAACCUGCUGCGAGAUCUGAACAGCACCCGAAACAGUGAGAUGCUUAGUGAUUCCAAACCACCCGCUCGGUUAGCAAACAACAAUCUGCAUCUGUACUCCAAGGUCUUGGGACCUGGUAAUGAAAAGCGCCCACUACCACGCUGCCAGCUACUAAAGUGGGAACAACCGAUUUCGUUGAAUAUGUCCUCUCUGAGUGGAUACGGGUUGAACGAGCGACUGCUAUUACAGCAACAGCAAGAAUUACAGCUACAGCAACAGCAAGCCCAACAGGGACAACUGUUUGGUAACGAAAUCGACAACAGUGUUAAUCUGUUUCGAAAGCUUGAAAGCCAAAAAGCAACCAUAAUCAGCGCCAACGAUGAACCAGACGUACCGGGCUGGCGAAACAAGAAAACUGACAAAAUCCCACCGAACGCUCCGAAAAGCUUCAUUAAUCCACCGGUUGGCCAUCCAUCGGUAGCUUCGAUUGGCGUAAAUGUGCCUGUCAUUGAUGCUCGAAAGGCUGGCCAAAGCCAACCACAAGAACAGCAACAGCAACAACAACAACAUCUUAAGAAACAACAACAGCAACCGCCGAAUAUCGAUGCCGAUCAGAGUGAUUUGUAUGGGGGAGGCGAUUAUGCUCUGAGACGCGGUGGCGACUCGAGUUUUAUGCCGUCCUCUAAUUGGUUCCUUACGGUGUCCGGAGUGCUGCUGUUGUUACUGUUGCUCAAUUGGAUACGCAAAACCAAAGGCCUCACUAUUAAGCGACGAUUCAACUUUUUAUUCAAAAAGAUUGGAUUUUGAGCAGAGACCAAAUAAAAUGAUGAACCAUAGAGGAUUGUCAGUUAGCUAGGUUGCUUAUUAUAAUUUGUUGGUGAUGAAGUUGUUUGAAUUGUGGUUGACGAGUAGCGGGAUAAACCCAAAGAUUUUAUUUGUGCAUAAUUUGGUUUUCUUGAUGCCUUGAG